AUGGAUAUAAUUAUUUCACUAUUAUUCUAUGUUUGUUGGUGUUUUUUUGAGGUUACGAUUGCCAAUCCGGAAGCAAAACGUUUAUAUGAAGAAUUAAUUACAGUACGUUCGUAUAAUCGAUUAAUUCGACCGGUUAAAAAUAAUAGUGAGAAAUUAACAGUCUAUUUGGGUCUUCGAUUAACACAAUUACUCGAUGUUGAUGAGAAGAAUCAAAUAAUGACAUCCAAUGUUUGGUUGAAACAAGAAUGGUAUGAUGAUAAACUUCGAUGGGAUCCAAGUAAUUAUGGAGGUGUGGAUGUACUUUAUAUUCCAAGUCAACAAAUUUGGCUACCUGAUAUUGUUUUAUAUAACAAUGCAGAUGGAAAUUAUGAAGUAACAUUAAUGACAAAAGCGACUGUUUAUUUUGAUGGUCGUGUUAUUUGGGAACCACCGGCGAUAUACAAAUCAAGUUGUACGAUUAAUGUUGAAUUCUUUCCAUUUGAUAUUCAACAUUGUCAAAUGAAAUUUGGUUCAUGGACAUAUUCCGGUGAACAAGUUGAUCUUGUUCAUAUUAAUCAAUCGAAUGGUUCAACACCUGUCUAUGGAAAUAAUAGUGUACCGUAUGCUAUUGAUUUAACUGAUUUUUAUCGUUCGGUUGAAUGGGAUAUAAUGCAAGUUCCAGCUCAACGUAAUAUAAGAAAAUAUACAUGUUGUCCACAGACUUAUCCUGAUAUAACAUUUUUAAUAACGAUUCGUCGUAAAACAUUAUUUUAUACUGUUAAUUUAAUUAUUCCUUGUGUAGGAAUAUCAUUUUUAACUGUUUUAACAUUCUAUUUACCAUCAGAUUCUGGUGAAAAAGUGGCACUUUGUAUAUCAAUAUUACUUUCAUUGACAGUUUUCUUUUUACUGUUAGCUGAACUUAUACCUCCAACAUCACUUGUUGUACCAUUAGUUGGUAAAUAUCUUUUAUUUACAAUGAUAUUAGUAACAUUAUCUAUUGUUGUUACUGUUGUUGUACUUAAUAUACAUUUUCGUUCACCAUUAACACAUCAAAUGCCACCAUGGGUACGACGUGUAUUCUUACAAGUCUUACCCAAACUGUUAUUAAUGCGUCGACCAAAAACACUUCAUCCAUUACAAUAUGAUCAAUCAAUAUCUUAUCCAACUUCGAUAAAAAAAGAAACGAUAUCAAAUUUUUCUAUUCCAUCAAUACGUAAUAGUUCCUAUCAAGUUAAUACAUUUUUAUAUAAUGGAGAACAUUCCAGUCGAGAAAUUCUUGAAAGAACCGAUGAUGAUAAUGAUAUAUCACUAUAUCCGAGUGAAAUCAAACGAGCAUUUGAUGGAUUACGAUGUAUUGCGGCACAUAUGAGACAAGAAGAUGAAGAGAAAAAAGUUAAAGAAGAAUGGAAAUAUGUAGCUUUAGUUAUUGAUCGUCUUUUCCUUUAUAUAUUCACAACAGCUUGUAUUGCUGGCACAUGUGGUAUUAUAUUACAAGCACCGUCAAUUUACGAUAAUCGGAAGCCAAUCGAUAUUGUCAAAUCUAAUCGUUUUUAA